AAAAAAGGCAAGACUCCCUAUUCAUGGAUAAAAAUCCGAGGUAAUCGGAGCGCAGGAGAAAAAGUUUUUUACAAAGACAUGUAGACAAAAGAGUGCGUCUGAUUUCAUCGCGGUUUUGUUUGCAAACGUGAUUUUGUUUGUAUUGGUUAUUGUAUAAAGGUGCAGGGGUUGAACCAACGAGCACAUAAGGAAGGGACGGUGGCGCUUCAGGGAAGAGGUGCUGUGAGAAAGAUUUCUAUCUCUCUCACACAAUCACAGCCGCACCCGAGUCGCAUCCAACAGCCUUUCUAUCAACCUACUCUGCAAUAGCAUGGCAAGAUCUAGUAAAGCGACUUUAGCGUUGCUCAUCUACGGAAUCAUGAUGCACUACAGCGCCUUCUGCACGCCUAUUGGGAUGGCUUUUCCUAAGAUGAGACUAGAAAAUGAUGUAUUUGACGAAGACGGCAACUCGUUAAGCGACCUGGCUUUCGGUAGUGACCAAAUUGCUAUACGAAGUCCUCCAUCUCUCACGGAUGACCUAUACACGCUAUACUAUCCUCCAGAGAAAAGAACGGAAAGGCAUGCAGAUGGAUUAUUAGAUAGAGCCUUGAGGGACAUCCUGGUUCAGUUAUCAGCACGAAAAUAUCUGCAUUCUCUGAUGGCAGUUCGUGUAGGCGGAGGAAGCAGCGAGGAAGAUGAAUCUGAAGGCUUAUCAAAAAGGCAUUCGGACGGGAUCUUCACCGACAUUUACAGUCGCUACCGAAAACAGAUGGCCGUCAAGAAGUAUUUAGCAGCGGUCUUGGGAAGAAGGUACAGACAGAGAGUUAAAAACAAAGGACGCCGAUUUGCUUAUUUGUAGCGCUGACAAAACUGCCCCAACUGCCCUCCCAUGUGUACAUUCAACCCUAAGAUCAAAGUCAUUCUGACAUAACUGAAUAAUCAGUGGAUUGCGCCUGUGUUCUUUAAACAUGUAUUUAUGUAUGAAGUAAAGCCAUUAAAAUGAAUAUUUUACUAAUAACAUUGUUUUUCUUUUUGUACAAAAGCACUUGAAACCGCACAGUUAUACUUUGUGGACCAAUCGUUUAGUUUCAUGUACAUAGCUAUAUAUGUUAAAAACAAAAGGAAAAAAAGAAAAAAUGUGCACCUUGAACGUUAUGCGCCUGAUAUCUUUUCAAAGUCAUCAUCAUAUGCAGAAAAUAAAUAGAUUUUAAAAAGACAAUCAAAGUUCUGAAUGUUAUACUUUAUUUUUGUAAUCUGCUAAAGAGAACAGAGUCUUUUAUUUUAUUUAAAGCCUGCCCAGGGAUGUAAUGGACAUACUCUGUAUAUUACAGGGCUGUUGUGACUCCCCACUUAAAGGGGAGCUGGUGAAGGAUAUAUAGUAGCUGGCAUCUCUUUUUUUAGCACACUCAUUUGUGAACUGUACUUCAAUUCAGAAUUGAAUGUAAUUGUCCUGCCUGUGUUUUGUGUUAGGAGCCAGUAGCAAGAAUGCUUGACUGGAAAUGAUUGACACUGGAGUAACUGUAGUAUUGAAAUAUAUUUAUAAUAUAUAUUUUUGGUGGUUUUUCUUUUUUUUUACCAUUUCUGUGCAUGCUAUACGUCCAUUGUAUACAUGCAUGUCCUACCCACUUCUUUGUUUAGUGUUUGCAUUCAUAUCUGUUCCAUGCUCAUUGCAUUAAUCCCUCCAUUAGCUAUUAGAGUAAUUCCACCUCUGAGGAGUGUUUUGUCUUCUACAUAGAGUCAUUAUUAUUAAAACCGAAUUGAAUUCUCAAACGCAUGCUCCAUUGAGCCCCUAAAAUGUGUCGUGGAAUUGGCACGCCGAUCUCUUUGCAUGUUUUCAAAACCUUCGUGGAUAGAUUUGCGUCAUUUCUGACCUGUGGUGAAACCUUGUUCUUAUGUCGUGUAACGCAAAAGCUGUGAAUGCCUUGGUAUGUGCUUCUCUGCAGUUAGACCUAAACCCACCACAAUUUAAACAUCUUGUGUUUGAGGCCGUAUUAAAACGUGUAGAAAAAAACAUGAAAUUUCUCAGUAACCUGUGUAAUCUGCUGCUAAACUAGUGGGUGGAACCAUCACGUCCAUGACUUUGAUGUCAGAUCUUCUUCGGUGGUGAUACCGUGCACCUUAGUUAUUCUAAAAAUAAGAUAACAUAUGUUUAACAAUUUCAUUUAUCACCUCAUUGUAGACUUA